AUGAGCGAGUCUUCCUUGAAGUCCCCCACCGUCGACGACGUCGCCCGUCUGAUCAACGCCGGCAAAGCCACCCAGAUCGUCGUCCUCGUCGGCGCUGGCACCUCCGCCUCGGCCGGCAUCCCGGAUUUCCGGAGCCCAGACACGGGCCUAUAUGCUCAGCUGGAGAAGUUCCAUCUGCCCUACCCCGAGGCCCCCCUGCACAUCUCGUAUUUCCGCCACACCCCGGAGCCGUUCUAUGCCGUGACGCGCGCGCUGUAUCCGGGCAAGUACAGGCCCACGGUCGCGCACGCGUUCAUCGCGCUGCUCGCGCGGAAACGCCUGCUCCAUAUGCUCGUCACGCAGAAUGUCGACGACCUCGAGCGCAGGGCGGGCGUGCCGGAGGACAAAAUCCUCGCUGCCCACGGCAGCUUGGACAGUCAGCGCUGCAUCGAUUGCAAAUCGCGCUUUCCGGACGAUUUGAUGCAGAAGAUCGUCCAGAGCGGCGGUGUGCCCCGCUGUCAGGAUCCUCAGUGCAACGGCAUCGUGAAGCCCGAUGUUGUGCUCUUCGGCGAGCCUCUCCCGGCCAGUUUCGAGGCCCGUGCUCCCCAGGCGAUGGCUCAAGCCGACCUGGUGAUUAUCAUGGGCACCAGCCUGGUGGUUCACCCCGUUGCCGGCUUGCCCGGUCUCGUCCGGGAGGGCGUCCCGCGCGUGCUCGUGAAUCGGGAGAAGGUGGGCAGCAUUGGCGGGAGGCCAGACGAUGUGUGUAUUCUCGGGGAUUGCGACGAUGGCGUUCGUCAGUUGGCAGAUGCCUUGGGAUGGAGAGAAGAGCUGGAAGCGUUGUGGAGAGAGGUCGGAGGCGGUAGGAAGGAUGGAGAAGAUGACGCUGCUGCGUCUUCUUCUUCAAAGGUGGAAAUAAAUCUGGAAAUGGAGAUUGCGAACCUCUCCGGAAAGGUGGAUCGCAGUCUCAAGAUUUCCAACGGCCACAGAAACUGGCUCGAGAGGCAUCUGGAAAAGAAGAUCGCAGCAUCUGCUGCGAAUGCGGACAGUUCCACUGAGCAGCGCAAGGAAGAGUCGAAAAAGUCGGACGAGGACCGACAGGGAGAAGAAGCGUGA